AUGGUGGAAGGAAAGCCGUACCGAUAUGGGCUAAUAGUGGCGGGCUGGUGCGUGGUGGCCUUAGGCCUCUUCAUCAUGACCAGUGAGAAGCCCCACGUUUAUGCCACCAUGUGCGCCGCGGGUGGUGCCAUGGUGUUGGUGGGCACCGUGUGGAGUGUGUGCCAGUGCUACCCAAAGGUUGUUGUAGCUUCAGGGAUGUGGGACAAGAACCAGGAGGAAAUAGUGCACGAUAAACAAUAUAAGAGACAUGGUGACGCUGCACCUGAUUGCUGCAUCCACGAACCCUUAAAGAGACACAACAGCUGUCCCACGCUACAUCUGUUCUAACGCCACUGCUAGUCUGUC